AUGCCCCGUCAGACCCUCAGUCAAGCCAAGAAGCAUCCGAGUUUGAUAUCCUGCUUCAUAUUUAUUGGAGCUGGGAGUACUGGAGCAGCAUGUCAUGUCUUGUGUCUGGCAUUUUUCAAUCCAGAUGUUAGCUGGGCCAGAUCCAGACCCUGGAACAAACUGAGUCCCAGUGACCAAUACUCAGUGAAUGCGGAUUACAGCAAACUGAAGAAAGAAGGCUCUAGCAGGGCAAAGUGGACAUGCUCAAGUAAUACUGUUUGA